AUGGGUCGUUUUACCCACGGGCCUUUCAACCCGCGGGUAAAUAUAGUGGGACUGCCCGUGGGUAAUUCGGGUUUACCCAAACUACCCACGGGUAGUUUUGGGUACUACCCAUACGGGUACCCGCGGGUAUUACCCAACCCUACCAACACCAAGUCAGCAUCAUCCGUCAUAGUUGAAUUCUCAAAAGCGGAAGACGCCAAUAGACUUAUCGACGAAGGACUUAUCUGGCAAGGAGAGGUGUUCCAAUGCGAACGAUACGACAGACAGUGCCGUCUGAGGCAAUGCUUCAGAUGCCACUCAUACGGCCACAUAGGAACCCAGUGCAAGGCAACGACAACAUGCGGCUACUGCGCGCAAGAACAUGCGACCCGAGAGUGCCCUACGAAGAGCGACGCAGACACACCCCGGAAGUGUGCAGCAUGCCAUGGAGAACACGAGGCCUGGCACGGCCGCUGCCCGACUAGGAUGCGCGAGUUAGCCAAGAUCAAGGAGGCCUAUAGACAACGACCACGGUACCACCCAGAGGCGAAGACAUCCCCAACCGCUAAGGAGACGGAACCCCAAACUGGAAUAACAACAAGGCCGGUACUGGAACCAGGCCCAACUCAGGAUACCCGCCCGGGGCGUAGCAGAUCACCCAUUAAGAAGAAAGUACAGAAACGCCAAAAGUCAACAGGCGGCGAUACACAGCAUGAAAACAACAAAAACGACGAAAACACAAUCACAGUCGCCCCAGAGAAGCCCAGACCAAGGAGGGUAAUAAUGCCCUCCCGCCGAGCACUAGAAGCUAUAGACUAUAACGUCAGAAAAUCAAGAGACACCGUUAUGGCUACGCUCCUCCGCGACCCUCGGAUCGAUAAAUACGACAUCAUCGCUAUCCAGGAACCAUGGAAGAACCCAUUUAACGCCACAACACACCACCCAGCAAAGGACCGCUUCCACCUCUGCUAUCCGUCGAACAGAGAGGGAGGCCCAGCCAGGGUCUGCUUCUUCGUAAACAAAAAGCUGGACCACUCUAAGUGGCAGUUUAAGGAACACAGCAAGGAUCUCUGUACCCUCACCAUUGGAUCAGAGACUGACCAGGGCGUCAAAAUUGCCAUACACAACAUAUAUAAUCCCCAAAAUCAGGAAGAGGGAGAGAAAACGGUCCUACAACAACUACGAACAGCCCUAGAAACCAACAAUCACAUCGAGCAAAUAGUGGUGGGGGACUUUAACCUCCACCACGAACUAUGGGGAGGAAGCGACAUUCGAACGACAGACGCGGGAGCCAGGGAACUGGUAGAACUCAUGGACGACUCCGACCUCAUCAACCAGCUACCCGCGGGAACAAUCACAUACAAGGAAGGAGACUAUAGCUCAACGAUAGACCUGUGUCUACUUACAGUAGGACUCAUCGAAAGGCUUAUUAAGUGCGGCAUAGAAGACGAAGUAAACCACGAUUCAGAUCACCUUCCGAUAGCAACGUCGCUAGACCUCACAAUCGCGCAACUACAACCAGAGGAAAGGAGAAACUGGAAAGCCCUAGACGAAAGGGUAUUCAUAAGGGCUAUUAAAAGGGAGCUCCCACCACUAAGGAGGCCAAGAACAAAGUCUGCCCUCGAUAAAUAUGUCCAGGACAUCACUGAAGCCCUCAGUAUAGCGACUGAAGAAGCGGUACCAAAGAAGAUCUUGUCCCCCAAAUCGCGAGCCGGCUGGAGCGAAGAGUGCGAGGAGGUCCUGGCCGAGACCAAACGACUCCGAAGACGGUUCUAUGCGGAACACACAGAACAGAACUGGGAAGAAUAUAUCAUAGCCCGAAACAAGAAAGGCCGGACGAUAAGAAAGGCGCUACAAAAGGCACAUCGCGAGGCGGUUGAAACAGCAGCAGAAUCACCAGAAUCACUCUGGAGGAUUGCUAAAUGGGCCAGAACCAGACAGAACCAAAUGCCGACAGUCACGCCAGAAAUCGCCAAGCCAGGUAGUAAUCAUACGGCAACCACACCUGAAGAGAAAGCAGAGCUCUUUCGGGAAACAUUCUUCCCAGCACCACCAGAAGCAAACCUAGAGGACAUACAAAACGCAACAUAUAGAGACCAGAUCACGCUCCCACCAAUAUCCGAGAACGAGGUAGAGGAAGCAAUAAAGAAAACAGCACCGCGUAAGGCACCCGGCCCAGACGGCAUCACGAACAGAGCGCUACAAAUCGCCAAACCAUGGAUCAGCCCUCACCUAGCCAGGGCAUUUAACCAGAGCCUCCGCAUCGGUUACUGCCCCCAGCACUUCAGGAAAUCUACUACCAUAGUGCUACGGAAGCCAGGUAAAGAUAACUAUACAGUUCCGAAAGCAUAUAGGCCAAUAGCGCUGCUCAACACAGUCGGAAAGAUUAUGGAUGCAAUCAUAGCGGAAAGGCUAAGCUACCUAGCAGAGACAUACAACCUGUUGCCUAAGAACCAUAUGGGCGGGAGGAGACAGAGAUCGACGGAACAUGCCCUACACCUCAUUAUCGAUAAGAUAUAUGAGGCUUGGAACACUAGACAAGGGAUGGCGGCGAGCCUCCUUCUCCUAGAUGUCUCGGGGGCGUUCGACAACGUGUCACACCAGAGACUCCUACACAACCUCAGGAAGAGACGGAUUAACGAAUCCAUAGUACGAUGGAUUACUAGCUUCUUAGGAAACAGACAAACCCAAAUACACAUCGACGGAUACCGGUCAGAGCCUUACACGCUCACCACCGGCAUCCCACAGGGCUCUCCUCUUUCACCGAUCCUAUACCUAUUCUAUAAUGCAGAUAUCCUCGACAGAUGUAACCAAGGCCAGGAAACACUGGCCACUGGGUUUAUAGACGACGUAGCGAUCCUAGCAUGGGCAGAAACGACUGAAGAAACAUGCCGCAAGCUCCAAGAUGCACUAGACGAAGCGGAGGACUGGGCAACAACCCACGCCUCCGUUUUCGCGCCCGAAAAGUUCCAACUAGUCCACUUCACAAGGGCAAGGUCGAGAAUCAAUACCAAUACUCCACUACAGAGCAAAUGGGGGGAAAUACACCCCAAACCGACAUGCAAAUACCUUGGCCUCACGAUGGAUGCCAUACUUAGAUGGAAACAACACAUCGAUGCGAUAGAGCGUAAAGUCUCAAAAACCAUCUCCGCGAUCAGCAGCCUCGGGAGCUCCACCUGGGGAGUGAAGACCAAAGAAAUGCGAACAAUAUACCAAGGAGUAGCAAUACCACAGAUGAUGUAUGCCUGCUCAGCAUGGUCUAACUCCGGCUGGAGGGGAAAGGGAUACACAGACCGAACUCUCAAUAGACUGAAACGAUUACAAGCAAGGGCGGCAAGGGCAAUGUGCGGAGCCUUCAGGGCUACGUCCGCUCCAGCACUCGACGUCGAAAUGAACCUGCUACCGAUGGAGCAACGAAUAUGGAAACACAACAUCGACACGAUCAACAGGCUAGGCCCACCAGAGCAAGGCUGCGAAAGCACCCAGAAUAGGAGGAAGAGAAGAAGAAAGAAGAAGCAAAGGUUAAGCCCAAGACACACAAUCGAACAAGAGCUUCACAACAAACAGGGCAGUAACACCAGACCGAGCGAGCAGAUCCCACCCUUCAUCACCCCUCCAUGGUGGCAAGGGCCGCGCAUAUAUAUCGCAGACACUGCGGAAACGGCAGCAAAGGAACACCAGACAAGUCUCGAUAUAGAAAAUGAAGCGUUACAUAUCUAUACAGACGGAAGCGGCAUCAACGGCCACAUAGGAGCAGCGGCGGUAUGCCACACUACACGACAAACCCGUAGCUCAUAUAUGGGAGAUGACGCCACCUCAACAGUCUAUGCAGGGGAGCUGCGAGGCAUUAUCCUCGCCCUCGAGAUUGCGGAAGAGGAUAAACGGAAAGGGAACAACAGAAGUAAAAUCCUCAUCUACACCGACAACCAAGCAGCCAUCAGAUCGUCAGCCAAGCCGAAGGGCAAAUCAGGCUCCUACUUGCUCAAGACCAUUGCAGACAAGACACAGAAACUCCAGGAACAUGGACUUAAGACAGAGAUCCGAUGGGUACCCGCUCACACGGGAAUCCAGGGCAAUGAAGACGCUGACAUAGCAGCCAAAGAAGCCACAGGCUGGCGGCAGAACGGCCAGACGGGCACUAAGGCAGACACACCAAAGGAGCUAUACGCACUCCGGUCAACGCUUAAGACAUGGACGCAUAGGGAGGCAAAUAAAACGUGGCAAGCCGAGUGGUCGAGAGAGACACGAGGUAGAACCACCCAUCGUCACACGCCGAAACCAACAAAGAAAGUGUUACAGCUCCAUAGUAGGCUAAGCAAACGACAGAGCUCAAUCCUCGUGCAGAUGCGCACGGAAAAGAUCGGACUCAGGGACUUCCUCUUCAACCGAAGAGUUCCGGACGCCACGGACGCCAACUGCCAAUGCCGGGAAGGACGACAAACGGUAUCGCACGUCCUGUUGCGGUGCCGUAGGUUUCGACAACUCCGACGCCAGGAACUAGGAGCCAUCCCAGGACGACAUAACCUCCGGGUCGUAUUGAACGAACGCAAAGCAGCCGCGAAAGCCAUCAGAUUCAUGGAACAAACCGAGAUCCUUGGGCAAUUCAGGAUCGAGUCACAACCCAGACAAAGCUGA